CCGUCUCGCUCAUUUAUUCACAGGCAGCACUGGCAGGAGCAGGGGCUGUGCCGGAGCCAGGGCUGGCGGCAGCAGCAUGCGUGCGGCGUCUGAGCCUCACGGCAAGACAACCACGUAAGGUACCCUCCGGAGCUUCCCCUCACCUGCCUCCGCUUCCCCCAGCAGAAACUUCACAGCUCCCCCACGCACGGUCCGGGCUUCUCCGGGGGGGCUUGGCAGCGACAGCCGCAUGCAUGACACUCCGAAAAGGAGAGAAAAUGACCAUAAGUAUCCAGGAGCACAUGGCCAUUGACGUCUGCCCCGGCCCCAUCAAACCCAUCAAGCAGAUCUCCGACUACUUCCCCCGCUUCCCUCGCGGGCUCCCCGCCGCUGUUGGCCGCAGCAGCACCCUGCGCUCCACCGUCAGCCAGCCCUCCGUCAGCCCCGCUGAGGCCCCCCGAGAAGAGGAUGAGGACGUGGACCAUCUCUUUGGAGCCUAUGGCACGACGCCUGCUGAGCAGCCAGCCAAGCACCAGGCACCCGAGGAGGUGGUGGAUCCCGAGGGCUACGAGUCCGACGACUGCACCACGCUGGGGACAUUGGAUUUCAGCUUGCUCUAUGAUCAGGAGAACAACGCUCUCCACUGCACGAUCAAUAAAGCCAAGGGCCUGAAGCCGAUGGACCACAAUGGUUUGGCAGAUCCAUAUGUCAAGUUGCACUUGCUUCCUGGAGCCAGUAAGGCGAAUAAGCUGAGAACCAAAACGCUGCACAACACCCUGAACCCCACCUGGAACGAGACCCUCACCUACUAUGGCAUCACCGACGAGGACAUGAUCCGCAAGACCCUGCGGAUCUCAGUCUGUGACGAGGACAAGUUCCGCCACAACGAGUUCAUCGGGGAGACACGGAUCCCACUGAAGAAACUGAAGCCCAACCAGACCAAAAACUUCAACAUCUGCCUGGAGAAGCAGCUGCCGAUAGAUAAAACAGAGGACAAGUCGCUGGAGGAGCGUGGCCGGAUCCUCAUCUCCCUCAAGUACAGCUCACAGAAGCAGGGGCUGCUGGUGGGCAUCAUCCGCUGUGCCCACCUGGCCGCCAUGGACGCCAAUGGCUACUCCGACCCCUACGUCAAAACUUACUUGAAACCAGAUGAGGACAAGAAAUCAAAGCAUAAGACAGCAGUGAAGAAGAAGACGCUGAACCCUGAGUUCAAUGAGGAGUUUUGCUAUGAGAUAAAGCAUGGAGACCUGGCCAAAAAGACCUUGGAAGUCACAGUGUGGGACUAUGAUAUUGGGAAAUCAAAUGAUUUCAUAGGUGGAGUGGUGCUGGGCAUCAACGCCAAGGGCGAGCGGCUGAAGCAUUGGUUCGACUGCCUGAAGAACAAGGACAAGAAGAUCGAGCGCUGGCACACACUCACCAACGAGCUGCCAGGAGCUGUCCUCAGCGACUGAGCACCACAGAGCCGCUCCUGGGGUGGGCACAGCUCUGACAGCCACAGCCUUUGGACUCCUCUGGUUUAUGGCUCUGGAUACAGGGGGUCAUGGCACUGGGGCAGCCAGGAGAGCAGAACAGCCCUCACCACAGCCUGGCUGCAGGGAAGCCCUUCCCAGGGCCUGGGGCAGCAGCGGUUUGCUCUGCCCAGCAGGUUCCAAGCCCUGAGGCUUGUCCCAAAGGCCUCUCUGCACCCUGCCACGCUCCCACAGGCCUGCCCCGCACGCAGGCACGGCCAGGUGCCUCCACACACCUGCAUGCACUGCGGCUCUGCCUCCUCUCCUGACUCUGCUCUACAGAAUCAGCUCCUCGCUGCCUUGCAACCCAGUGGCAAAAUGAAUGCAUCUGUCUCGUUCGUGUGUCUCAGCUGAGCAAAAGGCCUCACUACAAACCUGGAGCUGUUUGCUCGGGGCCGUCCUGCCGCGUCGCUGCUGGUUUGUCAGUCUCUGUGGUUUGGGCCUCAACAGCCUCUUACGCAUUUAAAGCUCCUCUGUCGGAAUGGUUGUGUCCCGUGGUAACCUCGGAAGACUCUUUGCUUUCCUUCCAGGAACGUUGUGCUCGUCCUCUCCAGUCACCCAAGUGAAGUGAACCAGGCAGGCUGUGCAGACCACAGCUUCCCUCUCACGCUCCCCAGGACUGGGUUGCUGCACAUGUCCAGAAGUUUGGGGGGCAAAAAGAAAAAGCUCGGUGAAGCUGUGGCCUGGCAGCAAGGUCUCACACUGCCUUCCCAGCAGCUGCUCUCCCAGGAAAAUCAUUUCUUCCCACCUGGAGCCACACUGCCAGGCUUCGGCAUGGCUGUUUUGCCAGCAAAGCCACCUUUCUGGGUGACAUUUUUAUAUCAGUUUUUUCCCCCUUUUCAACCUUUUCCCACCUCAAAACCCAACCAAGAGGCUUAACGCUGUGAGCUGAGCCCCCACCGUGUUUUGCAGAGACACUCGGGGUUGGUUCAUUUUCUUGUCUCAAACAGCAUCCAACCCAAAUUUCUGUGUUCAGCACAGUAAUAAUUUCAUCAUUUAGGAGUAACAAUCCCAAUUCUCAGCCUCUGCAUCCCGUGGGGUGAAUCCCUGUGGGGAUGGAGCUCCAAACCUCAUCCCACCGAGCGCCGGCUCUUGUGGAAACACGACGGCCGUGGUGUUUGCACAAGAGCCGGCACCCGGUGGGAUGAGCUACAGUUUUCCACCGAAUGCUUCACCCCACCAGCAAUUUUGGCAGCCUCUAACCCAUAAUUUCAUUGCUGGCUCCCCAGCAGUUUCCCUGUAGCUCUGUGUGUGUGUGUGCAUUGU